AUGGGAAGAUCAACACUCUGGGAUUGGAAGACAAAGACGUGGGAUCUAAUACAGAGAUCACAACGAAGACUUGGAUCAAGACAUAAUCAAGAACUAACGAGCAGAAGUGAAGAUACAACAAGAUUGUCCAGGUGGGACGAUCAUUGUACGAACAUGGGAAGAGUCGACAGGACGACGAAAUAUCAAAGUUCUCCAAAUCAAGAAGAGAAGAGUUUGGACGACAUAAGAAACCAUUCUAAGAAGUUUGAAUCGAAGCAGAAUCGGACGACGAGCAGAUUGGGAGAUGGGACGAACGCCCAAGAUCUAUCCCGCAACGACUGCAAGAAGCGUAAAUGUUCGGGAUGGAGGUAUUCCGCACAUUUCCAAGCAACUAUGUGGAAGCUCAGAAACAUGGAAAUGAGAGAAGGAUUAAAAUAG